AUGCAAGUAGCUAAUCGAGCAACUCGUCGUUAUAUUACACCACCAGCAAAUAAUCGUACGAUAACUAAAAAACCUUCUCAAACUCCUUCGAUAUCCCAUUCUUCACCGAAGAAAGCUGUUGAUACAUCAGUACAAAAAUCAAAUGAACCAUCAACAAUAAAAAAACUUGUUGACCGUUUUCGUCAUGAUGAACCACAACCACGACCAGAACGAGAUUCAGUUAAUUCUGACUUUUGGUGGUUACAUGAUGAACUAAAACAAACUUAUGAAUCUGAAACCGAUAGAGAUGAUGAUCGUAGAUCAAAUAUUCCAGAUUUUAUUGAAAUAUUUCCUUCAACAGAUAUUGAUCAAGAUUUAAAUAGAAGAGCAUCAUUACUUCUUACACAAACACCUAGUGAACAUUCAUCUGAUGUAGGUCAUAUAUCAAGUGUAGGUGUUGGUUCAACUCCAUCACAAACAAUGACCACAACAACUACAAGUACUUUUCAAUCAGCUAUUCGUGAACAACCAGCUCGACCUAUAUUUACACGAAUUAAUACAAGAUUUGAUAUGAAAAAUGAUGGUAGUGAUGAUGAUAUUUUAUAUCAAUGGCGUUUACGUCGACGAUUAGAACAAGCACAAAAUAAUGAACCGAUAACAUUUCCAUCUAAAAUAACAAAUAUUUCACCACGACGUUCACAUUUUCCUUCAAUACCUAUUGAAAUACCUCAAGUACUUCCACCCCUACCACCGCCACCACCUCCUCCUCCAGUUGUUAAACCAUUGUCACCAAAACAAGAAUCACAGCAAUCAUCAGCAACAAAUACUGAAUCAGAAUCUAUAAAACAAUGUGUUACAACUCCAAUACCCAUCCGAAAAUAUUCCGAAAUAGCUACACAAACAUUACAGGAUGCUUGUAUUCAAACAUCGCCAACGAGUGAAAAUUGUCUAUCUUCUUCAAAUUUAAUUUCGAAUGAAGUAGAUCUACGUCCAACACGUGAUGAUAAUCAUCAUUCAUCAGUUUGGCAUCGUCCACCACCACGAUCAAAAUGUGAAAUAACACAAAUAUCAUCAUCACCAUCACCUGUCAAACGUCAUCAUCAUCGUCAUCAUCAUCAUUCUUUUCGUCCAGUUAUUUCAGCUGGUCAUUCAACAACAAAUGACAAUCAUCAUCAAUAUCAACGAUCAAUUGUCUAUCCUUCAAAUACUGUUCAAUCUUCACAAGAUAGUACUUUAACACAUGUAACAUCAAUUAUGAUUAAUGAUAAUAACAAUACAGAUAAUCAUUAUCCAAUUAGAAAUAAUAAUCAUAGUAGUAGUAUUGUUAUUAUUGAUGAAUCUCAUGUACCACAACAAGAUGAUAAUGAUGAUGAUCAUAUUGAUUAUUCAAGUGAUGAUAUAUUGAAUAUAUUAAUACAGAAACGAGAUGAAUUAAUGAUCACAUUCCGGUGA